CAACAAUUUCCCCGUCCUCUUCUUCCAACAGAAAGUCCAAACCCUAGAGAGAGAGAGAGAGAGAGAGAGAGAAAAACCGUUCUCCAAGGGAUUCUAAUACUUCUCUUCAUACAUUAAAAUUGAUGAGAAAGAUGCAGAAUUAGAAUCGAAGUUUUUGGAUUCUGUUCACGGACAUUCACGAAUGUGUGCGCUAUAAUGCGGGACUUGAUUUGGAGUCCCUGAUUUUUGUGAAAUCCGUCAAGCCAACCGACUUUUUUGUGGGAUUUGAUUUUUGCCAAAUGAUUCUGUGAUCUCACAUUGAAAUUUGUUUUCGAUCGGAUUCGAAUUUGAGAAUCUGAAUUCCAUUCUACGAGAAUCGAAGCGGUGGGGGGUUUCAUUUGAAUCCGUGAAUGGUUUCGAAUCCAGAUCUUGUGUUCUAUGCCUGCAUUGCAAGAGGAACUGUAAUCCUUGCUGAAUUCAAUCGAGAGCCGAAUCUCAAUGAUUUGGCUUUCAGAUGCAUCGAGAAAGCUCCUCCUCAUCACUCAACCUUCUCUCAUACCGUUAGAAACAGAGUGUACACCUUUUUGAUCGAAGGUCCCUUCGUUUAUUUUGGAAUCUUCCAUGAGGACCUUUUCAGAUCGGAGGUUUGUGGUUUCUUAAACCGCUUAAGGCGAGCUUUCGAGGACUUCAUCGAAAGCGAAUUACGCAAGGGUUUCGAGAAUUUCACUUCUAAUUGCUUUCAAUCGCAGUUCGAUUCGAUUUUCCGGCGUAUCCUAACGUCGAAUCAGGACCAGACGUCGUCGGGCUUGGAUUCAGAUAAAAGAAAGAAGACAUCGCUUAUUUCGAAGUUCUCGAAACCCUGUAGCCUAAUGAAGAAGAAGAAGAAAGUGGUUGGAGAUGCUAAUAGCGAAGAGGGAAAAUACGCAUCAACUGUGGAUGAUUCUGUGGAUCUGUAUGACGAUAACAAUGGCUUAUGCAGUAGAGAUAUCACAUUGCUGAUGCAAAAGAAUGGUUCAUAUGAGCGUCAGAAAGCAAAGCAAAUAUGGCGGAAGCAUGUUUGGGUUGUUCUGUCCAUCGACUUGUUUGUAUGUCUGGUUUUGUUCGCCAUAUGGCUUUGGGUUUGCAGUGGAUUUCAGUGCAUUGAGAGCUGAAAUCCUGCUGAGUUUUUAUGGGUUUCAAUCCUUGAUUGGCAGCAAUGGCCAUUGGAAUGGAUAAUCACUGAUGGUUAAAACGGAGACGAUUGCUUCACGAAGAAAGCGGUGGUGAUGAUUCACGUAAGCUUCAAGUUAUUUUUUACUUUGCUGGUAAAUAUUUAUGGGUUUCUUGAUUUCUUUUCAUACACAUCAUGUACGAUUCUCAAAAUUGACAAAAACAAAUCAAUGGAGUUCAGUUUAUACGAAUGAAAAUAAAGAUGGUCUCUGUUUUGGUCA